AUGUUAAAUACAAUCAAAAAAUUUAAAUCAUUAAAUAUUAAUGUUAUUGAGAAAAGUCUCAAUCAAACAGAAUUAACAGAAUUAAUCGAUGCUAUGUAUAAUAUUACUGAUCGAGAUGUACAAAUAAUAUGUUUAGCUUCAUGUGCAAAAUCAAGCUUAAACAAUUAUUUUAAUGAUUCUAGUAGAUUUGGUGUGGAUGCGCCUUAUAAAAAUUCCAAUCAGCUUGCUUCAAGUUCACUCUUAACAAAAACAUGGGUCGAAAGCUUCUCUCAGGGAAAUUUACUUGGUGCAGCUUGCUCGGCUAAUUGUCAACAAUACACACAAAU